GUAUCCCCCACGUGACCAAUGUCAACAGACAGACGAGGAAGGAGGACCCUGCCCCUCUCAUCACUAACUUUACACACAAGUUACGGCCAAGGACACCUUUCUUCCCGUCUCGAAGAUACUUUACAGGCUAAUGAUGAAGAAAAAGGUAUUACUGAUGGGUAAGAGUGGAUCUGGGAAAACCAGUAUGAGAUCCAUCAUAUUUGCCAACUAUAUUGCCCGAGACACCAGUCGCCUUGGAGCAACAAUUGAUGUAGAACACUCCCAUGUACGGUUUCUGGGCAACUUGGUACUGAACUUAUGGGACUGCGGAGGGCAAGAAGCGUUCAUGGAGAACUACUUUGCUUCCCAGAGAGACAACAUCUUCAGGAAUGUAGAAGUGCUUAUAUAUGUAUUUGAUGUAGAAAGCCGUGAACUGGAGAGGGACAUGCACUAUUACCAGAGCUGUUUGGAAGCCAUUUUACAGAAUUCACCCGAGGCUCGUGUCUUUUGUCUUAUACAUAAAAUGGAUCUAGUCCAGGAUGACCAGAGAGAUCUUAUAUUCCACGAGAGGGAAGAGGACCUGAAGCGUUUGUCAAAACCCCUAGAAUGUGUCUGCUUCAGGACCUCAAUAUGGGAUGAAACACUUUACAAGGCUUGGUCUAGUAUUGUGUAUGAGUUAAUUCCAAAUGUGAAGGAGUUGGAACAAAACCUGAAGGAUUUUGCCAAUAUCAUUGAUGCAGAUGAAGUAUUGUUGUUUGAAAGAGCAACAUUUUUAGUCAUAUCUCACUACCGCAUGCGGCCACACAGGGAUAUUAACCGCUUUGAGAAGGUCUCAAAUAUAAUCAAGCAAUUCAAGCUCUCUUGCAGCAAGUUAGCAGCACAUUUCCAGAGCAUGGAAGUCCGCAAUUCCAACUUUGCUGCCUUCAUUGAUAUAUUUACCUCAAAUACGUACUGCAUGGUCAUUAUGUCGGAUGCAUCAAUACCAUCCGCGGCAACCUUGAUCAACAUCCGUAAUGCACGGAAACAUUUUGAGAAACUGGAGCGAAUGAGUCAAGGGCACUUGGCUCUAUCUAGAUAGGUUGCUGCUGCUGAUGCUAAAAUUGUUGCAGCUUUGUUUAUCCAUUGAUUAAUAAAUGCCAUAAAUAUAUUUUUGCAUAUACUGUACAGUAUUUAGUGUUGUGUCUUAACUGUUGUAUACUGCUCAUUUAUACUGUGAUCACUAUGUCAUAGAAACAACCGAGUUAACAGAUGCAUAAUGUGGUACAGUAUUAUUAAAAGUUACGUUUUCAAUUACCACUGAUAGGCAAGAAUAAUUAAUGACUUAAAAGAUAGACAAACAUUAUGUAUUAAUGAAAAUAUUGAGUCAGGAAUUUAAGGUUGUACACUUUCGAUAUGAAUAUGAUAAAAUCUUAAGAGAAAUGGGCAACCCAAAAGGUUUGUGAAGAGGACCAUUAAGCAAAACACAAAGCUCUGUUCAAAGGAGCCAACUUCUUUAAAACUGAAGCUUGACAUAUUUUAGUAAAGAAUAAUAUUGACAGAUAAAUUAUCAGUCUUGAAUAUCUAGUGUAUGUCAUUCAGUAACUUUAAUUAAUCUUCUGUUUAUUUUUAAUUGCAUUAAGAAAUGCAUUAAUUGAUAUGUUUUUAUCAUUAAAUUGAUCACUUAAGUAAAAAAAACUGUUUGUGCUUUUACUUUAUUAAGUUUAAUGAAAAUAAGUAGAACUACUAUACAUGUUUUAAGAAAUUCCUGAUAAAAGGAAUGGUGUGUAUAUAAUUAGGAUACCAGAAGCGGAAUGAUCACAUACGGACUUCAGUAUUCAAGCUGAGAUAUGAAGUCUUUUCAUCAUUGGUAACACCUAUAAAUGUAUCAUAUCUGAUUAAAUUGAUUUUUGUUUUAUCUUAAAAGACUUCCAGAUGUUGGAUACAUUAUGUAUGUAGAGUGCAGGGAUUCAGCAGCUCUGGUGGGCUUACUUAGGGGAUAUAACAAAAUUAAUCUUGCCAUUAUAGUUAAGAGUAUUGUAUUUUUAAGUUUUUCAUAUUCUUGUGUGUCUUUUGUCCAUGAUUAUUUCACUUGGUUUCCAACAUUCUCAGUGAUGAAUUAAUGAGCUUCAUAACACAAGAGUGACUGAGUUCAAGAGGCAUACUGGCAACAUUUUCUGAGCAGCUCAUGUUAGCUGGCUAUGAAAGAAUUUGUAUAUUUUAAAUGGAUGCUGCAUUCAUGGCUAUACUUAACUGUUUUCCUGAGAAAAUUAUCAGCCACACAUACACUACUUUUCUGUGUGAUUGUAUGGUGGUGGUCGCUCGUCGUCAUACCAAUACUACAUCAGGUUUUAUCUCAUUCACACGUCUUGUUUAUCUCUGUGCAUCAGCUCUUUGUAUCCAGUGAGUUUUAUUUGAUUUCUUCCAAAUGUAAAUACUUUCCUUGGCCUUUGUGUGUGUGUAUGUGUGAGAAUAAUUAUACUUGUAUUUUUCCUGUCUAAUAUUUGAUAUAUUAUAGUAAUAAUGUAUAUGAUGUUUAGUCUGUAAUUAUUAUGAGGAUUUAAAAGCGAUCAGUUCUCAAUAUGCGCGAUCCUGGUUUUAUUUCCAAUAUAUAAUUACUGUACAAGAGAAAUUUUCAUUGUGUACAAUUAGUUGUAAAAUCUUGUUAUUACUGUCAGAACUUUUAAUUUUCUUGCUUUACAACAUAUAGCCACAUUUAUUGUGCUAGUUUUACAUGCUGUACAGCAAAUUACAAUUACAUAUUGUUACCAUUAGUUCAACAUUACUGUACUACCAACUAUCUGCCUUUUCUGAAUGCAGUGACAUCUAUCACGUAGUGAUGCUGAAAGGCAAGCAGAUAUCAUUUAGCGAGAUUCGGCAAUGUAGCAAACGCCUUGUGCUUUGGUUUUUUUAAAGGCAAAUCAUUGUAUUGCAGCAUCAGAUUAACAGUUUAAUUCAAUUUUCUUAAAAUUUUCCAUGGUAAUUCACUGUGCUAAUGAACCAUACUCAUCUCAGCACCGAGAUAAUAAAUUUAUUGACUUAUAAAUUUGAUAAAAUAUAUUGACAUUGACACGAGUGAUUUAAAUUGUUGGGCAUUCACCUACCCUUCAAUUUACACAUGGACUGAAGAGGUUUUAAAUCUACAUAGAUCUUAUUUGUUUCAAAUAUAGAUCAAUUUUUUUUUUUUGGGGGGGGGGGGAUUAAACGGCAUUUUGUGCCAUUUUCUGGCUGAUAUCUUUGCCUACCAUGCACUGGGAAAUAGGAUGUCUCCAAAUAUUAUGUUGAAUAGGUCAUGUAAGGUGCCUUUUAUUGUAUGUAAUCUUAUAUGUUUCUCUUGUUGCACUUGAAAAGCAAGUCAUUAUGAAUGCCACAUGAGAGUUGUUGCACAAUAUACUUUAAAAAAAUCUAUGACUUGUGUACGAGAAAUUAUUAUAGAUUUUUAAGGUAUGCUUAUACUGGAUUGUAUUUUUUCAAAUAUAUGUUUUGAAUAUUCCUAUGUAAAUAUAUAUUAAUUAAAUCAU